AGUUCCUUUCGCAUGGGCAUAACAGGGCCCACCAAGGCCACCCUUGCCCCCCUCCCAUGGAACGCACCUUCUCCACACCGUUCCAUAGAACGCGCAGAACAAUGGCGUUCUAUAGAACAUCCCCAAGGUCACGCCACAUGUUUAUUUUCUCUCUGCCCUGUACGUGUCGCGUAUAGACCAUGCACACAGCAGGUUGGACGGGGCUGCUGUAUCUCCUCUGCACCACGCGGUUCGCCGCCUGCGAGGUGAAACAGCUGGACCGGUGCCACUACCUGGCGAGUUUUCCGGUGGACGGAGAGGUGGACCUGCCCUGCGAUGCGCGACUCAUGCUGCAAUAUGUUCCCGAAGCCGUAAUCAGAUGGUAUAAAGACGAGAACGAAGUCCUUGACGUCCCGGGGCGGGUGAGCUUGGAUCAACAGGGUAACCUGAACCUACAGAAACUGCAGGCAGACGACAGCGGCGUGUACGCAUGUCAUGUGGGGUUUCCCGGGGGCGCGGAGGUCAUAUGGUCCGAGGUGGUGCUAAGUGUCGGAGGGAACGUGGCGGUCGAGUCGAUGCUGCAGGUGAAAGGAACGCUAGGGAGCACUCGGAACAUGUUUAUUGCGUCUGCCGCGAGCUGCAUCAUCGUCACCCUUGGGUGGGGCUACAUCAUCUGCCACGUGUGCACGGGAAAAUAACGAGCGCGGCGGAUGCGGAGAAAAGGGGAGGAGGGGACCGGAGCAGGGAUGAUGAGAAGGGAAGGGCAAGAGUAGCGAUGAGGACGGGUCGUCGUCCGAGACAGAGGAGCUCAUCAAGAAGAAGAA